CAUCCCUCUACCCCCUUGCCCACCCCUCCUUCACGUCCCGUCACGUCACCCCCGCCAUCCGCCUCCCUCCGCAACCAUGUCCAUCUCCGCUGACCCAGGGCACUUCUUCCAGACCGCUACAUCCCUCGCGACCAUCUCCCGCCGCUUGGCCAAAGCGCACAACCAGAACGGCCGCCCACUCGUCGCUAGCUCGAAGAUCCUAUGCCUUCUCGCGGACCCCACCGACUUCGACGCGGUGUUCAUCGGCGAGAGCUGCGGGAUCGUCCGGCGGGUGACGUUAGAGGCAGGGAACACGAAAUCCGCACUGUACCGCGGCUUCAGCACGCCGUGCACGUGCCUGGCCCUCAACUCCACGGGCCGCAUCCUCUUCGCCGGCGCCUGGGAGAAGAAGAUAAUCGCGUGGGAUGUGCGCUCGCGCAAGGUGCUGGCGACGUUUGUCGGCCACGCGGAUUUUGUGAAGAGUCUGCUAUACCUACCCACUGGCGAGGGCGUCGGGGGUGGGGGCGGGGGCGACGCGGGCCUGCUGCUCUCCGGCAGCAGCGACGCAAAUAUCAUCAUCUGGGCUGCGGGCACCGGGCAGCGCAUCGCGACGCUGAAGGGGCAUACGCGCGCGGUCGGCGCGAUGGCGGUGGAUCCUGUCGCUAGUAGCGAGGAGGAGGUGGUGGUGCUCGCCGGCGGGAGCGAGCGCGAUAUUCGUCGCUGGAGGAUCCCGGUACGGAAUCCGGCGGGGGCGAAGGAGGAUGAGGAUUUGAUACGCGAGUUUGAGACGAGUGUGCACGCACUGAGGUUCUUGGGCGAGGACGCAGAUUGCUGGGGCGCCUCGGCGGAUGGCACUGCGAGACGGUUGGAGGUUAGGGUGCUGAAGGAGCUGGGCGAAAGGACGGAUACGGUGCUCAAGCACCCGGACUAUGUCAAUGAUGUGGUCAUGGCGGGCAAUGGUAGAUGGGUCGUCACCGCGUGCAGAGAUGAGGAGGUGCGCGUGUGGGAUGUCGUUUCCGGCGAGCUAUACCACACGUUCACGGGGCACGCGGACGAGGUAGUGGCGCUCGCGGUAGUGGGGGAUCGCGGGGAGUGGCUGAUCUCGGCCGGAAUCGACUGUACGAUCCGCCGGUGGUCGCUUUUGCCGAAGGAUCUGGAGGUGGCACGGGAAGAGGCGCGGAAGGCGAGGGAGGGCGAGGAGCCCGAGGAGAAAGUAGAGGAGAAGAAGGAGGGCGUUAUGACCGCUGAGGAAGAGGCGGAGUUGGCGGAUUUGAUGGAUAGUGAUUAGAUACCUUGUAGGUAGAUACCUGGAUGGCUACUGCAGGGAUAGAGGUGUGAAAGACGUUGUCGAGGGCCUGAUCAUCUUGACCGGCCGAGAGUAUCAACAUCUGCAGCCCACGAUGAUAGUUCUCACAAGCCAUUACUACAACCAGUCAUGGCCGCCAUAAACCGCUGU